AUGGGAAAGGUUCAGGAGCGGAGACAUUUUGGGAUACAACAAGGUUAGAAUGAAGCAAAAUGAAAGCUUCACUUCAAGGCUAGGACAUAGCAAUACAGGCUAUGGCUAGGCAAGGCUAAGGCAAGGCUAAGGCAAGGCUAGGGCAAGGCUAAGGCAAGGCAAGGCUAGGGCAAGGCUAAAGCAAGGCUAAGGCAAGGCAAAACAAGGCAAUAAAUAAGAAGAAAAUGAAAAAACCACCUUUCCCAGCCCAUUAGUCGUCUUUUUGUAACUGUCUAUACGUGAGAAAAUCCAGAUCAAAUAAACAAAAAAUCCAUUCAGAAGAUCGGAUCAAGGAACGCACAAAAUGCUAUUAAGCCUAAGCCUACUAAGCCUAAGCCUGCUAAGCCUAAGCCUAAGCCUACUAAGCCUAAGCCUACUAAGCCUAAGCCUACUAAGCCUAAGCCUACUAAGCCUAAGCCUACUAAGCCUAAGCCUGCUAAGCCUAAGCCUAAGCCUACUAAGCCUAAGCCUACUAAGCCUAAGCCUACUAAGCCUAAGCCUACUAAGCCUAAGCCUACUAAGCCUAAGCCUGCUAAGCCUAAGCCUAAGCCUACUAAGCCUAAGCCUACUAAGCCUAAGCCUACUGAUCUUAAACCCACAAAGCCUAAGCCUACUAAGCCUAAGCCUACUAAGCCUAAGCCUACUAAGCCUAAGCCUACUGAUCUUAAACCCACAAAGCCUAAGCCUACUAAGCCUAAGCCUACUAAGCCUAAGCCUACUAAGCCUAAGCCUACUAAGCCUAAGCCUACUAAGCCUAAGCCUACUAAGCCUAAGCCUACUAAGCCUAAGCCUACUAAGCCUAAGCCUACUAAGCCUAAGCCUACUAAGCCUAAGCCUACUAAGCCUAAGCCUACUAAGCCUAAGCCUACUAAGCCUAAGCCUACUAAGCCUAAGCCUACUAAGCCUAAGCCUACUAAGCCUAAGCCUACUAAGCCUAAGCCUACUAAGCCUAAGCCUGCUAAGCCUAAGCCUAAGCCUACUAAGCCUAAGCCUACUAAGCCUAAGCCUACUAAGCCUAAGCCUACUAAGCCUAAGCCUACUAAGCCUAAGCCUACUAAGCCUAAGCCUACUGAUCUUAAACCCACAAAGCCUAAGCCUACUAAGCCUAAGCCUACUAAGCCUAAGCCUACUAAGCCUAAGCCUACUAAGCCUAAGCCUACUAAGCCUAAGCCUACUAAGCCUAAGCCUACUAAGGCGACUAAGCCUAAGCCUGCUAAGCCUAAGCCUACUAAGCUUAUGCCUACUAAGCCUAAGUCUACUAAGCCUAAGCCUACUAAGCCUAAGCCUAAGCCUACUAAGCCUAAGCCUACUAAGCCUAAGCCUACUAAGCCUAAGCCUACUAAGCCUAAGCCUACUAAGCCUAAGCCUACUAAGCCUAAGCCUACUAAGCCUAAGCCUACUAAGCCUAAGCCUACUAAGCCUAAGCCUACUAAGCCUAAGCCUACUAAGCCUAAGCCUACUAAGCCUAAGCCUACUAAGCCUAAGCCUACUAAGCCUAAGCCUACUAAGCCUAAGCCUACUAAGCCUAAGCCUACUAAGCCUAAGGCGACUAAGCCUAAGCCUACUAAGCCUAAGCCUACUAAGCCUAAGCCUACUAAGCCUAAGCCUACUAAGCCUAAGCCUACUAAGCCUAAGCCUACUAAGCCUAAGCCUACUAAGCCUAAGCCUACUAAGCCUAAGCCUACUAAGCCUAAGCCUACUAAGCCUAAGCCUACUAAGGCGACUAAGCCUAAGCCUGCUAAGCCUAAGCCUACUAAGCCUAAGCCUACUAAGCCUAAGCCUACUAAGCCUAAGCCUACUAAGCCUAAGCCUACUAAGCCUAAGCCUACUAAGCCUAAGCCUACUAAGCCUAAGCCUACUAAGCCUAAGCCUACUAAGCCUAAGCCUCACUAA